GCUCAGAACAAGCUAUACCAGUAACCGCUCUGAUAUCCCUCAGUUCUCAAAGUCAACACGCAGAACUGACUUCAUUAAGAACCUGUAGACAUGUCUCUAAGUAAACCCGAGGAGCGUCUUGCUUUGGAGUUGAGCUGUCCGAUCUGUUUGCAGCUGUACCGUGAUCCCGUAACCCUUCCUUGUGGACACAAUUACUGCCUGGGUUGCAUACAAAAUGCUGCGCACGCAGAAGAUCCCAAUUCCCCGAAACGUUGUCCGGAGUGCAGGGAAGAGUACGGCAGCCCGGAGACUCUUCCCAAGAACUUCAAGCUCAACGGUAUCGUGGAUGGGUUCCUGGCGGCCACUUCGGGCGGCGGACUGAGAGGGGGCACGACGGUGCCAUGCGACCAUUGCCUGGAUGAUCCAGUGGCUGCGGUGAAAUUCUGCACACGAUGUGAAAUGUCAUUGUGCCCCAGCCACCUCAAGAAACACGAGGAACGGCACAGAUCACUGCACGUCUUAGUGGGACUGCCAGCAGAACGGGAUGGGAAGAGGUGCCCGGUGCACUUGAAGGUCACGGAGUACCUUUGCGUGCAGGAGCGCCUGUUCCUCUGCUCCGAGUGCUUGAUGGAGGGCACGCACCAGCACCACGAGGUGCAGACGUUCGAGGUGGCGAAGGGGGAAAUGACGAGAAUUCUUGAGAAACUGGGGAAGUCUGUGUCUGACAAGCUACAGAUGACAGACGCUCUGGUGAAAAGCGCCAACGCAGGACCUCGGGACAAGGCCGAAGAUAAGCUGGUGGCCAGGGCAAACAUCCUGCUGGACAACAUGACUUCACUCAUCACUACAUACAAGAGUCGUAUGAGCACCGAGAUGGACGACGAGCUUCAUAAGCGAGACAAAAGCUGGCAGGCCAGUCUAUGCGAUUUGGAGAGUUGUCUACACCAGCUGCAGGAAGCCCAGCAGUGCACCAGCGAGGUUCUCAAUCAAUCCUCAGAGUUUCUCUUCAUCCAGAACUACCUCACCGUUGAAGCAAGGGUCCGCCAGGCUGCUAACGUCACCAUUCCCGGUCUACCUUCCCAAGAGUCCUCCGAUGCCAAGCACCUGCGCGCUCUCCUACGUACAGACGCCUUCCACGUCGAGAUGAGUCUUCUGUUGGAGUGCCUCCAUGGCAUAAUGAACCCUCUAGACCUGACCUUCAACCCAGCCACGGCCAACGCCAGCCUUCUGCUGUCCACCGAUCUCAAAACAGUCAAGCAGUGUGCAGGAGUUAAGAGCAGUAAUGCUGGAGAUAACAGCGAGCGCUUCUCCUCGGCCAGUCAGGUCUUGUGCUCGCAGGGUUUCUCCACCGGAGUUCACAUGUGGGCGGUGGAGGUCGGCCCUGGGUGUGCGUGGUCUGUGGGACUGUGUUAUAAAAGCAUGCCACGUAAAGGUGACCACAGCAGGCUGGGGCAUAACACCAGCUCUUGGAGGUUGCAGUGGAAGAGCAAGAAGCUGACGGCGUGCCAUGACUCGGCUAAUGUGGCCGUGGGUGACGGGCUGAUCGUGCCGCCAAAGAAGGUCGAAGCGACCCUGGAUUACGAAGGAGGAACUAUUGCAUUCCACAGCUCAGGUCAGGGAGGCCGAAAGCAGCAUCUUCAUACAUUCAGUGCCGUGUUUAAGGAUGCAGUGUACCCUGCGUUUGGGAUCCACUCUACCUCAGAAGAUUCGUGGAUAACUCUUUUGAGUGGAGUUUAACUAACACGGACAUGCUUUCAUUGUGUAAAAUUCUUGCCUCAUUCUCUUCAUCCCUUUAUUCCUUAUGCAUUAGCAUAGACAUAUACACUAGACCUCACCUUGGAUAUGGCAGUUCAUUAGAACGAAUGCGUCAAUAGAGCCGCCGUCU